AUGUAAAAUUACAAUGUUGAUUAUAACACUCAACCAUUCUUUAAUUAAUUACCUAAGGCUAUUACACUUACUGAUCAUAGUUUCAGUCUAGAAAAUGAUAUGCUUCUUGGAUGGAUACCAAAAUUUGAUUAUUCUAAAUCACUUACACUCAAUUUUAACAAUCACUUAAAUGAUUCCAUCAUUAAUCAAUCCUUAUUUAAUAAUCAAUUACUCUAUCUCGGAUUUAGACCAUAAGAUACUGGAUAAUUACAUAAAUAAUAUUCUAAUGAUUCUACAUAUCCAUUCAAAUAAAUUAAAAUACUCGCAAGAAAAAAUCAAUUACCAUUUCUUGGAAUGAAUCCUAAUCUAUAAAGCAGAAUUCAAUUUAAUUCGACUUUUGAAAGUGGUAACCUAGAUCUUGUACUCAAGAUUUCUAAUUAUUAAUAUGAUCUAUAUAUGAGAGUUGAUUCAAAUACUAAAAGUCAUACCUCAUGGUACAACUUUCAAAUCACAGGGAUGAAAUAUAAUGAAGUCAUACAAUUAAAUAUUUGUAACUUUCGUAAAUCUCGUACCUUAUAUGAACGAGGAAUGAAACCAUAUAUUUGGAGAUCAACUCAUCCAGAAUGGUUAUAAGGAGGCGAGUAAAUAAAAUACAAAACUCAUUAUCAUUAACAUUAUAAUUCUUUGUCAUUUUCAUUAACUUGUUAUGGAGAUAAUGAAGUUAUUAAAAUCGCAUAUUGUGUUCCAUAUACAUAUACAUAAAUGCUUGAAUUUUGUUAGAACAUGUAAAACAAUUGUAAUCAUGUUGAGAAAACAGUAUUUUGUGAAUCUUUAAGUGGAAUACAAUUACCACUUUAUACAUUUAGCAAUGGAGAUUGUUAAAAUAAAAAAUGUAUGAUAAUUUAAGCUCGAAUUCAUCCAGGUGAAUCGAAUGGUUCUUGGGUAAUGUAAGGAUUAUUAGAAUUCUUAUCUAGUCAAUAAGGAUUGAAUCUGAUUUCGAAGUAUUAAUUAUAAAUAAUGAUAUAGAUGUGUAAUAAAGGUUGUACCUAUGAUGAAUCCUGAUGGUGUAAUAUUAGGAAAUUAUAGAACAGGUUUAGCGGGUAAAGAUUUGAAUAGGAAAUUUAAGUUAACAGAUCAUUUAUUAUUUCCUACAGUGACAGCAAUGAAAAAAUUAGUGAAAGAAUAAUAUAAUAUAUAUGGAAAUAAUUUGAUUGGAUUCAUAGAUUUGCAUGGUCAUUCUGGUAAGAAUAACAAAUAUAUAAGUAAAAAAGAAUGUAUUUCUUUAUGGUCCAGAAUAUUCGUUAUGGAAUUAUAAUUACUAUAAGUGUAGAAUUUUAGGUAAAUUACUUGGAUAGAAGACUGAUAUGUUUCGAUAUUAUUCUUCAAUAUUUAGAAUAAGUGAAUAAAAGAAAUCAACAGCAAGAGGUGUAUUUAUAGAUUUAUAUGAUAUUGUAAAUUGUUUUACAAUAGAAUCAUCAAAUGGCAGUUAUUACAAUUCAACAUAGACAUUUGAAUUUACAUGUAAACAUUGGAUUUAAAUGGGAUGGAUUAUAGGAGAAGCUUUAAUUGAUUUAGUUGAAAUGUAAAGUGAAAUGGAUCUAAUUUAUAAUCAAAAAAAUGAUGAAACUAAAAGAUCUAAUAGAUAAAUGAAGAAUUAAAUGUUUAAUAAAAAAAGAAGUUUUACAGGUCAUUAAGAAGAUUAAUGGCAAUAAUAUUUUUAAAAUACAAAAUUUGCUAAUCUUUUUGAUGAAAUAAAAUAAGAUGCUGGUAAAAUGAAUUAAUCAAUAUCAGAAGAAGGAGAAUCAGAUUCAUCUGAUGAUGAUGGAAGUGAAACAUAUUUGUAAGACAUUAAAUAAUAAUUAUUAAUGGAUGGAGGACUUUCGAAAUCUAAGUUAUAAGAUAAGCCAAUCAUUUCUAUUAUGUAACCUACAUAAAAAUCUAAAUUAGAAUAAAGAUUUAGUCCUAGAUUAUAGUCAUAACAAUCUUCUUAAUAAUCAAUUAUGUUAAGCAUACAAAAAAGUGAAAAGAAAUUUAAUAAUCCUUCUAGAUCUAUUUAAAACUCUAUUAUUAAAAAAGUUUCAUCUAAUUCUUAAUCUCAAAAAUCAACUAAAAUUACUAAUCAUAUUUCUAACUAUGUCUCAGGUUAAAAUUCAGCUACUCUUUUAUUUCAAGAAGAUUAUAAUCCUAUAUAAUUUCAACCAUUCUAAUAAUUAAUGUAAUCUACAUUUUAAAGACCCUCCACUCCCCAUUUAGAAGUUACAGAAGAAGAUAUAAAAUCUCAUGUUUAAAAUUUUAAUGCAUCUAAUUAUAAUGCAUUUAAAUAACAUACUAGAUUAAGAAGCAAUAUUACUAUUAAUAAGUAAAUCAAGGAUUAAAAAAAAUUAUAAUCUAAAUCUCAUUUGAAUACACCUCCAUUAUUAUAGUAAAUGGGAAUCAAUAUCAAAAAUAAAGUAAAUACUUAAUCAAAUUUGGAACAACUUGGAUUAAAAGUUAAACAAUAAAAUUUCUUAGCUCCCAAAAAAUCAGAAGAACCUGUAUUAUAAGCAGAUUUAACUAAAAACAUAAAUAGUUUCUUAGAAACUUAAAAAUCAACGAGACCUCCUAAACCUAAUGUACCUCCAUCAUUUUACUCAGUUAAAAGACAUAUGAUGCUUAGACUCAAAAAUUGA